AUGUCACCGAUCGAUAGUGACGGAUUAUCCGUCACUUACGCCUCUGGUCGGACUGGGCACCCGGACCUAAGAUUAAUUCACUUCAACGAUGUCUAUCAUAUUCAACCCGGUCCUGUAGAGCCGAUUGGCGGGAUUGCUCGCUUCCAAUCGGUUGUCAAUUACUAUCGAUCCCAUCCACAAUUCUCCAACCAGUCCGACGUUCUGACACUCUUUUCGGGUGAUGCUUUCAGCCCGAGUGCUGAAAGUUCAAUUUCCAAAGGCGAACAUAUGGUGCCGAUUCUGAACGCCAUUGGUACUGCUGUAGCGUGCGUGGGUAAUCAUGACCUUGAUUUUGGCGCUGCCCGAUUCAAGUACCUGGCUAGCCAAUGUAGCUUUCCUUGGCUUCUAGCAAACAUCGUCAGUCCAGCUCCGGGGGGCGAUAGCCUAAUCUCAGGAUUUCAGAAGAGCUGUGUCUUGACAGCGUCAAACGGGCUCAAGAUUGGCGUGCUAGGCCUCGGUGAGGAGGAAUGGAUUCGCACGAUCGAUGAUUUCGGGCCAGAUUUGAUCUGUGAAGCACCGUCAAGAACAGUCAAAAGGCUUGCCAAAGAGCUACGAGAACAAGGUGCAGAGCUCGUUGUUGCUCUAACGCAUCAACGCGAACAUAAUGACUUCGAACUAGCGAACAAUCUUCCCUCUAACCUUGUCGAUAUCAUUCUUGGCGGCCACGAUCACCUCUAUGCGCAUACAUUAAUUAAUGGAAUCCAUAUCCUACGGUCGGGAAGCGACUUCAAACAGUUCAGUUACAUUGAAGGAUUCCGAGACAGAGACACUAUUUCAGGAUGGCAUUUCAACAUUUUACGGAGAGAUAUUGUUAGCUCAAUUCCUGAAGAUCCUGAUACACUACAAAUAGCUGCCAGACUCACUUCUGGUCUCGACCUUGGCUUUGAUAAGCCGAUAUUGUUUACAUCUAAUCCUCUUGAUGGCCGUUUCUCGACCGUGCGACAGCGUGAGUCGAGCCUAGGAAAUUUCAUUUGCGACUUGCUGCGCUUCUACUAUGACACUGAUUGUGCCCUCUUGUCUGGUGGGACAAUCCGCGGUGACCAAAUAUACCCGCCAGGGGUGGUGAAGCUGAGAGACAUGCUGAGUUGUUUUCCGUUCCCAGACCCAGUGACAGUAUUACGCAUUCGUGGCCACGCCUUACUUGCGGCUUUGGAGAAUGGUGUAUCGAACGUCUGCUACGGUGUCAGGCUGGGGGGACCGCCAGGUUCGAGAAUCACGUUUCUGCGAGUCGGAGGCAACCCUAUUGAAUCAGAGCGUACUUACACUGUCGCUACCGCUGGGUAUAUGUCGCGAGGGAAGGAUGGGUUCUCUUCUCUACAUAUUGACCGCCCUGACGUGGAAGAACUUGUGGGGGAAGAUAGUGGUGCACAAAUUGUUAAAAUCUUGCGAGCUUAUUCCCUAGGUUUGAAAGUACUCGGAGCCUGGAAUUGUCGAUACGAUAAAACUGAAGGUGGUUUGCCAGAGCCGCCUUUUCCCAAUACGUCUCCAGAAAGCGACAAGGCGAAUAACCUUGGAAAGACGACUGGCUUGCAGAUCCAUCCUAAACGAGAGGGCUCCAACCCCGAUGAUGACCCUCUUGUCCCAAAUUCAUGUAUACAUGCCAUCACC